AUGGAUAGUCAAGCAGGUUCCAUUGUUAUGCAGCAACAGCAAUCUCAAGUUCUCUCAAAUGGUAAUAGCAGCCAGUGUUAUGCUUCAUCAUCUAUGUUGCCGUCAAAUUCUCCAACGCUUGAAAAUGAUGGUGAAAUUAAAGCAACAAACUUGAUUAUCAAUUAUUUGCCACAAAAUAUGACUCAAGAAGAAGUGCAUGCGUUGUUUUCGACCCUUGGCGAAAUUGAUUCCUGCAAACUCGUACGCGACAAAGUUACUGGUCAGAGUCUUGGUUACGGUUUUGUUAAUUAUCUCCGUCAAGAAGAUGCCUACAAGGCUGUCACUUCAUUAAAUGGUCUCAGGUUACAAAACAAAACCAUAAAGGUGUCAUUUGCGCGGCCGAGCAGCGAAUCUAUCAAAGGAGCCAAUUUAUAUGUGAGUGGCCUGGCUAAAACGAUGGGCCAACUUGAUUUAGAAGCACUUUUCAAACCUUUUGGGCAGAUCAUCACAUCACGAAUCCUCUCCGAUAAUGUUACUGGGAUAUCAAAAGGUGUUGGUUUUGUGCGUUUUGAUCGGAAAAGCGAAGCUGAAGAUGCUAUCGAAAAAUUGAAUGGAAAAAUUCCAGCUGGUUGCACGGAACCCAUAACUGUUAAAUUUGCAAACAGCCCUGCAGCAAAUGCCCAAAAGGCACAACUUCAGAUAGCCCAAGCAGCAUCAGCGUUAAUGCCUCUUGCCCUUUUGAGUUCAAUUUCUACAACAUCUGGGCGUCGAAUUGGUGCCGGUCCAAUACACCACACACCGCAAGCAGGACGUUUCCGCUAUACGCCACUAGCUGGAGCUCCUGGUACAACAACUGCAACUACAGCUACGACAUCGAGUCCUGAGCUGAUUACCACACAAUUAUUGCAAAUGGCUGCUGCUACUGGUACUAGCACCUCACCAGUCCAGCUUGCUGCACUAGCAAAUUCGACAUGUGGGAGUGUUGUUGGUACUGGAUGGUGUAUUUUUGUGUACAAUCUUCCACCUGAAACGGAAGAUGCUGUAUUAUGGCAACUUUUCGGACCAUUUGGCGCUGUUUUAAGUGUUAAGAUAAUAAAAGAUUUUUCGACUGGAAAAUGUAAAGGAUAUGGCUUUGUAACAAUGGGACAAUAUGAAGAUGCCGUUACAGCAAUUACUUCACUGAACGGAACGCAACUGGGUAAUCGAACUCUUCAGGUGUCUUUCAAGUGUCAAGCGGUAUCGUCAGCAACCCGUAAACAUUGA